UCAUAAAACGGGGGUGCGACAACGGCCACAAUCCGCAUGUUGGACAACACUAAAAAUUCUCCGUUCCGCGAUGUAGGUUGCUGGAAGAUAAUUUUUCAUAACACAACUUUAUUACAAAUUCAGCUAAAUAAAUAACAAAACCACAAUAUCUAUAAACAGUGGGUAGCGCCAUUGUAUAACAGUGUGCGCCGCCACCAAGUUAUUGGUGAAAUAGGUUAUUUCAGUUUGGGGUCAGUGCACAACAAACGCUUAUCAAGCAAAUAAUUCGCAAAAUAAUAUAUCAAAAUGGGUGUACCUAAGUUCUUCAGGUAUACGAGUGAGAGGUAUCCGUGCCUCAACGAGCUGGUGAAGCAGUAUCAGAUACCAGACUUCGACAACAUGUAUUUAGACAUGAAUGGAAUAAUCCACAACUGCUCACAUCCUGAUGACUCCAACCCGCACUUCCGUAUAACGGAGGAGAAAAUAUUCCAGGAUAUAUUCCAUUAUCUUAGUAUACUGUUUCAAAUUAUAAAGCCUAAGAAGUUAUUUUUUAUGGCUAUUGAUGGUGUAGCCCCAAGGGCCAAGAUGAACCAGCAACGAGGAAGAAGGUUUAGAUCUGCAAGGGAAGCAGAAAAGUUAGAAGAAGAAGCUAAACAAAAAGGUGAGGUGCUACCUACAGAAAAGCGGUUCGACAGUAACUGCAUCACACCGGGCACGGUGUUCAUGGCGCGCUUACACGAACAGCUCAAAUACUUCGUCAAGUACAAAAUAUCUACCGACCCCCUUUGGUCCAAGGUGAAGGUCGUGCUGUCCGGUCAUGAGACGCCGGGCGAAGGCGAGCACAAGAUAAUGGACUACAUCCGAUGGUCGCGCUCGCAGCCCGACUAUGACCCGAACACGCGGCACUGCCUGUACGGGCUCGACGCCGAUCUCAUCAUGCUGGGCAUGUGCACGCAUGAACCGCACUUCGCUUUGUUGAGGGAAGAGGUGAAAUUCGGUAAAACUACACAGCGUGCGACAAGUCCAGAGGACACAAACUUCUACCUCCUACACUUAUCAUUGUUAAGAGAAUAUUUAGAGCAAGAGUUUAUAUCGAUUAAGGAUAAGUUGCCCUUCCCGUACGAUAUCGAGAAGAUAGUCGAUGACUGGGUGUUAAUGGGCUUUCUCGUUGGCAACGACUUUAUACCGAACUUGCCAAACAUGCACAUCAAUAAUGACGCCCUACCUGUGUUGUACAAGACCUAUAUGACAGUGUUGCCUACGUUGGAUGGUUAUAUAAAUGAGGCUGGCGACCUGAACCUCCGUAGGUUCGAAGUUUUCAUGCAGGAGCUUGCUAAGAUAGACAUGGAGAAGUUCCAGGACACGUAUGCUGACCUCAAGUACUUCGAGGCCAAGCUCGGCAGGCGGCCUACUGCUAACGAGAGGAGAGAGUACAAACCAAAUAAUGACGAUACGUUCAAUGUGAACGUGGAUGAUAUCAAAGCUAAUAAGCCGGAUGAUGAGCUGCAAGCUCUUAUCAAUGCCACUCAGGAUAUGUUCAUGGAUGACAUGGAGAAUGGAGAGGAAUAUGAAGAAACUAGUGAUGAGGAAGCAAAUAUGGAAAUGGAGUUCGUCCUUCACAAAAAGGAUUACUACAUGAACAAAUUAGAUUAUUCCAAAGUCACAGACGAGGUGCUAGCGGACCAGGCGGAGGGCUACGUGCGCGCCAUACAGUGGAACUUGUUCUACUAUUACAAGGGCUGCCCGUCCUGGUGUUGGUACUACCCACAUCACUACGCGCCCUACAUAUCAGAUAUCAAAGGCUUCCAGGAUCUCAAGAUUGAGUUUGAAUUAGGAGAACCGUUUAAGCCUUUUGAACAGUUGCUAGCCGUGUUGCCGGCGGCCAGCAAACAUUUAUUACCGGCGCCGUUCCACGAUCUGAUGACGGAUGAAGACUCCCCUAUCGUGCAUUACUACCCGCACAACUUUGAAACGGAUUUGAAUGGGAAGAGAAAUGACUGGGAAGCGGUCGUUCUGAUUCCGUUCAUCGAUGAGGUGAAUCUUCUAUCAGCAAUGGAGCCAUGCUAUCAGAGGUUGACAGAAGAAGAAAAGAAACGUAACACUCACGGACCAAUGUUAGUGUACAGCUGGACUCCUCAGAAUCAAGGCGUGGCCCUGGCCCCUGCGUACUUCCCGGCCAUCCCGGCGUGCCAGGCGGCCGAGCGCGGCGUGUGGCGCGGCGACCUGCAGCUGGCGCCCGCGCAGCUGCGCCGCGGCCUGCUGCCCAACGCCAAGCGGGACCUGCUGUUCCCCGGCUUCCCCACCAUGCGCCAUCUCAAGUACCAGACCAGCCUGAAGAAAUGCAAAGUGAAAGUAUUCGACCAGCCGUCGCGCAACGAGAGCAUGAUAGUAGAGAUCAUCAAAGAGAACGAGACGGAGGACUCGCUGGAGAAGGCGGCGCAGGAGCUGCUCGGGAAGGUCGUGUGGGUCGGCUGGCCGCAUCUCACUAAGGCCAAAGUAAUAUCAGUAUCAGACGAGAAGAUGCGUCUACACCACGUGGACAAGCAGAACAACAACGUGGACGGCGCGCCCAACUACUCCACCGAGGCCAACUUCGGGAACCUGCACAAACAGUGGAUCAGCGAGAGAUCAACCAUCAUUGAACACAACAUGAAUCGUCUCGGAAUCGAGUUGGGUGAUGUCAAAAUCAUAGUCCAUGCUGUUAAUUUAAAAGGCUACAAGUACGUAGUGCAGGACAACGUGCAGAUGGUCCUGCAGCCGGAGUGGUGUCCGCGCGCGUGCGGCUACGCGCGGCAGGCGGUGGUGGCCUCGCUGCGCGCCGCCGCGCCCGCGCCCGCGCGCAUCGCCAGCCCGCGCGACGCCUACCCCGUCGGGGACAGCGUGUUCCUGCUGGCCAGGGGGGACCACUACGGGACCAUGGCCACGGUGGUGGACGCGGAGUGUAUCCGCAGCGGGCGCAUCAAGGUGUGCGUGCGCGAGCGGCCCGAGCCCGUGCCCGCGCGCCGCGCCGCCGCCGCGCCCUACCGCACCGCCAACCACGCCGCCGCCGCCUGCGGUAUAUCAGCUCAGAUGCUGUCACGCAUCACGGGUACAGUUCUCGUGGUCUCCGGUCAAAGAAACGAAUUCCCUACUGAGAACCUCAACAAAAUCAAUGUGGGACUCAACUUGAAGUUCAAUAAAAAGAAUCAAGAAGUAUCGGGCUACACGCGCCGCUGCAAAGUAUCGAACUCGUGGCUGUACUCGGAGCGCUGCACGGAGCUCGUGCAGUCGUACGCGGAGCACUUCCCCGAACUGUUCGACAGCCUGGCCAGCUCGCACAACAAGGACGUGUACUUCGAGAGCGACCUGUUCCCCAACGAGAUGGGUAAAGGCAAGCCACAAGAGAUAGCUCAAUGGAUAAAGAAUCAGCCGCACAUGCGCGCGGCCCGUAGAGACUGCGGCUCUGAAGCCCUCGAGCCUGAGGAGAUGAAGGUCCUGGCUAAAAGUCUGGAGCGACAGCUGGAGGAACUCAAGGGUAAAGAGAAGAAGGUCACGCUACAGGUCAAGUGGAACCUGCUCUAUAAGCCCGAGCUGCAGUCGGGCAACCUGCCCCCGGACCCGGCGGCGGACUUCCAGCUGCUGGACCGCGUGGCGUGCGCGUCGCGGCGGCUGGCGGCGCCGGCGGGCGCGGCCGGGACCGUGGUGGCGCUGGCGCCGCCCGCCGCGCCCAACACCGUCAGGCUCUCCGACAAGAUCAACGCAGAGCCCACUUUCCUCGUCAUGUUCGACCAGCCCUUCCCCGGCGGCAUGACUGAGGACCUCUUCGACGAGCCCAGGUUCUAUAGAAUGUCACCGUCCAACUUGCUGAAUCUGUCGUUCGGUCGCAAGUUGCGCGGCUUGGCCAGUACGACGCCGCCGCAGGACUGCUUCCUAUCUCAGACACCGAACCUGCUGCGUCGGGAUGAUGGACACCACUCCGCGUUCGCUAACUAUAGCCCGCCCGGCGACAAAGCGGUCUCGCCUGACAAUCGGAACCACGCGCAGAACCAGAACGUGGUCGCAAGCAACGGACCGCCUAAUCAGGACAACGCAACACACCUGCUGAGGAGUUUGUUGAAGAUAAGCGAAACAGAUUCUGAUAGUAAAAAGAGUAAGAACACAUCCGAACAAAAUCGUAAUUGGCGUGUAAAGAACGACUCCUCUUCCGGCCCGAUACCUAUGUCGCAGCCACCGAGAGGCCCACCGCAGCCGCAGAACUGGCGCAAAGAGAGCGCGCCCAUGAUGAACUCUACCAGACCGCCGCCGGUCUACACUAACGAGUGGAAUAACACUUAUAAGAGCCAGCCUCCUCUCCCGCCAUACCCCACAUUCGGGCAGCCAUUCCAAGGCCCGGGCCCCAGCCAGAUACCGUUCCCGCAGUUCCAGAACCCGCACUUCCAACAGCGCAACCAACCGUUCACGUUUCGCAACCAAGACAACAACAUGCGCGGCCAACACCAGCAACACGGGCCGAGGGGCUUCGAACAGAAUCCCGCCUUCCCCAAACAUUUGCCCACUGUUGGCGCUGUGACUGCCAAUGUCACGCUGGGACCAAGUUGGAAUCAACCCAACAAUCAAGCUAAAACACAGAAUGUGAAACCACCGGCCACAACUAACACAAACACCAACAAACAGAGCGCUGCCCCAGCUCAGAAUAACGCGGACAAAGUGCCCUUCGUGCCACUACAAGUGCAAACUAGUCAAAGACGUAUCCAACAACCAAGUGGUUCUUCAAAUAAGCAGGACCCAGGUCAAAACCCGACACCUAAGUCCAACCUACCAAAGCCACAACCUAGCAACAUUCCGAUUGUGCAACAAAGCCAGGACCCGACAUCGCGGCCGAUGAAGAAGAAAAAACCAAGAAUAGCAGCCAACCUGCCCUUUCAAAUAGAUUAAAUUAUUUGUUAACAUAUCGUUUAGCGAUUGUUUACGCUGCUCAUACACACAGGCCGUUUACACUUACAAUAUAAUUUACCAAAUCGAAUUCGACUCCAGUAACUGGAGGUAAAAAGAAUCGAAUGUCAAACAAAUCGUGACACUAUUAAAGUGCUCGAAAUUAUAUGCAUAAUAUUAUCAUUUAAGAACAACAGCCUGUAUAUGAGCAGACACAAUCAGUAACAUGAGCUAAGACUAAGAGCGACUGCAAAAAAAAAUAGAAAACGCAAAGUAUUGGGAAUGAAAAAUUCAAGUUCGACUCAUCUCACUAUUAUAGAAUAAAAUCUUGUACAUUUUGUAAAUAUUAUGAAGUUAUAAGAAUCUGUAAUGAAUGAGUGUGAUCAAUUUAUUUAAAUGUAAUAAAGUCGAGAUUGUAUACGUUCUGGCAGAGUCCAGUUUAAAGUAUUAUUUCUAAAUUAUAUUGGGAAGUUAAUGUUUCAAAAACAAAGCAAAUCGGCGACAGGAAAAAAUCGUAGAUAAUCUCGCAGUAUUGUCAGCAGCGCUGUAGAGUUCCUGACAUCAACAUCGCCUUGGAAACUGCCCAACACUCGUAGGAUAGUCAAGUUUCUAUAUCUCACGAAGUCUCAAUGUGAAAUUGAAUAAGUGACAAAUGCAUACAUAUUUUUGUAUUCUUAUCAUAUUUUCCAAUUUCUUAAAUUUUAUGAUAAUUAUUUCAUCUCCACCUCCACAAGUACACUCAAAUAGUACAAAGUACUUAGCAUUACGUAUAGAUAUAUUUUUCUCAUAUUUUGAUUGACAACUUCUUACAGUUACUUGUAAGGAAAUGAUGUUAUAAUUAAAACAUAAUAUUAAUAGUGAAAAUUGAUAAAUAUUGUUAAACAAAAAAUGUUUACUAUGACUUUCAAAAACAUUUUUGGAAACCAAGUCUUUUGAAUCGAAACUACAGUUAUUUAGGAUAACUCUAACCCGACAUACAUUUUUGAUGUUUUCUAAAAUAAAAUGCAAGUUUCUCAACCUGAUUUCAAGACAAAUUUUAUUCUAGAUUGUAGUAUGAAGUACAUGUGGACGCAACUGUACCUAUUAAUAAGUGAAUAUCAACGUGACGAACUUACAGUAGGUACUUCUUUACUUAAUAGUAUAACUUGACUAUGUGUGUAUUUACAAAUGAUAUUUUCAUUACUGAUUGUGACAGAAAAUAUUCAAUUCUGUUUGAUUUAUUUUUUAUAAAAUCAAGAUUAUGAUUUAAUAAAGUGGAAAUUACAAAUCUA